GUUUCCCUCCUGUCUUCCGCCUUCUACUAUUUCAAUUCUACGUCCUUGUGCUCAUGAUUUUGUUGAUUUACCACACCGAGAGAUUGAGGAAAGACUUUGGCCUUUAAAGCAGCACAGAAACACUGCCUGAAAAUUACGAAACCAUCAUUUGUGCUUGAUUUUUAACAUCAAGAAUGAAGGCCUUGCCCUGGUUUUGGUUUGUGGUGAGUGCAGUCUCAGCUGCAGGCAAAGGUGUCAUCACAAAACCCGGGGAGCGUGUCACUCUGGGGUGUGGGAGCAGAAGAUCCUUCAAGAGCCUGGCUUGGUAUCAUGGAAGCGACCUGAUUCUUAGUGUCAACGGAAAGAGUGGCACCAAUCGCAAAGGCACAGCCAAAAUCCAGCCAAGGUCAAAGGUGAAGCAGGGGAGUGAUCUGGAGAUCUCCGGAGUGAAGAAAGAAGAUGCUGGAAAUUUCAUUUGCACUUUAGACGGGGAUUCUCAUACGAUCACGCUUCUUGUGGUCUCAGUCUCGACCAGUCCACCUGACGAGCUUCAGCUGGGCAGGGAGGGCACUCUCCAGUGUGAGGUAGCAGGUCUGCCCCCGGACUCAAUCGUGCAGUGGACGAGGCCGGACGGGCGCUCAGACUCGGGAACAGUUCAUUUUAACCCCUUGACCCUCGCAGAUAAAGGGCAGUGGGUGUGUGGCUUCUCUUAUGACGGGGACACAUACAAUGAAAUCUUUGACAUCAAAAUUAAAGCGUCCGAACCACUGACAUCAUCCCCUACCCAGAGUUCAAAGGUGGACCAUAAGACGUCAUGCAUCAACUGUUUCUGUUCUCCCCCUGGAUGUACUGACCAGCCGUCCGGUACUGGACUGGCCGGCUGGUGGCUGUGGGUUGCAAUAGGAGUCGGCAGCUUCUUUGUGGUUCUUCUUAUGGUCUGCAUCAUUGUUUUGUGCAGGAGAAACCGGAGGAGGAAGAGAAAAUUCCAGAGGAUGAUGAAUGAGCGUCAAUCAGAGAGGCCCAGAAAGUACUGCCAGUGUAACUGCCCGACAGCUGCGGCCAAACCACAGCAAGGACGUCACAAAGGGAAGCCGUCAGCUCUGCCUCUGAAACCCCUGCUAAUGCAGUGACACAUGAAAGACAGAUCGAAGAGACGAGCGGCAGAGCAAAAGAAAAGGAGAGAAAGAGAGGAGAAGAUGGAGAUUAAGGAGAAGAGAGAGAACGUGAAACAACCCCAGAGUGAAUGUGGCAUGAAUGUAAAUGGGCUUUUAAAAACUCCCGAUGAAAAAUCAAAUGUAAUGAUGUUGACACUUUGAGCUGUUUCACCAAAUCUAACCAGUGAAGUGAAUGUGACUGUGUCUGUGGCUAUGUUUUACCUUAUGUGGCAUAUGAUUAUAUAAUCUCUGUAGGUGGCUUCAUCAAAUCCAAGUGUACUGCUUUGCAUCUUAAAGAACAUUUGCCACAUUUAUACUUUUUUCUCUCAUGUUGCUGUGUAUUUGAAUUGUAUUGUUUGCCUUUAAGAAUUGCACUGAAUCUUUUUUCCCCCUCAGUAAAUAAACCACGUGGAAACUCAA